AAGAGGCGGGCGGGCCGUCACGUGACCCUGCUGCUUCAGGCGCCUUGGAGUUUUGUUUACUGCUGGAUCCGGAAUGGCUUGUGGUGGAGGCAGCGUCUUGACGGCCGGCUUAUUCCGCAACCAUGUGGCCAUCGUGACCGGAGGAGGCACCGGCAUCGGAAGGGCUAUCACCGCCGGCCUCUUACAACUCGGUUGUAAUGUAGUCAUAGCCUCUCGCAAACUUGACAGAUUAAAAGCCGCAGCAAAAGAGCUGGCUGCCAAAAUCCCAUCCUCAAACCCUGCCCAGGUGACCCCUUUACAGUGCAACAUUCGCAAAGAAGAGGAGGUAGAAGCACUGGUGAAAUCAACGUUGGAUCUUCACGGCAGGAUAGAUUUCUUGGUCAAUAAUGGGGGAGGCCAAUUUCCUAGUCCAGCAGAAGCAAUCAGUUCAAAAGGCUGGCAUGCUGUGAUUGACACCAACUUGACUGGGACCUUCUACUGCUGUAAAGCAGUGUACAAUGCUUGGAUGCAAGACCAUGGAGGUGCAAUUGUUAACAUUGUGGCCGAUAUGUGGAAAGGGUUUCCUGGCAUGUCGCAUACUGGUGCAGCAAGAGCUGCAGUUGAUAACCUGACUAAAAGUUUAGCCAUUGAAUGGGCCCAUGCUGGAGUGAGAAUUAAUGCAGUUUCUCCGGGAGUGAUAUUUUCAGAGACUGCUGUUGCAAAUUACAAAGAUGGUGAAGAAAUGUUCAAACGAUAUGCUGAAAAGAUCCCUGCAAAGAGAUUAGGACUUCCUGAAGAGGUAUCUCCUUUGGUGUGCUUCCUGCUUUCUCCAGCUGCCUCCUUUAUAACUGGAGAAACAGUGAAGAUUGAUGGUGGACAGAGCUUAUAUAGUUCUCCCUGGGAAGUUCCAGAUCAUAACAGGUGGCCAGCUGCUCCAGAUGGAGACAAUUGGGAAGCACUGAAAAGAAUGUUUUCAGGAAAACCUCUGUCAAAACUAUAAAUCAAUAAACUGGGGUUAGUCCCUUUCCAUUCUUGUCAACAAAGAAGUGCCUUUCUGUAAUAAACUAUAACUUUUCAUAAGGAACUCUGCUUUAUUGGGAUACAAACCCUGUACUUUUGUUUUUAUAACAGAUGUACUUUAGUUUUUAUAAUAAAUGCCUGGUGCAAAUUUUGUCUCAGGACAGUUGUCCAAAGCAUCACCAUUUGUUAACGUGCUGUUAUUACAUUGGAUCUGGGAAGCAAAAAUAUGCCCCUCAUGACAUUCUGUUUUCAAUUUAAACUCUUCCUGCUUUAACAACAAAGUUAUUUAGAACAUGUUCUAAUGGCAAGGAAUUCAAGAGAUUAAGGCCAAAGGUCUACAGUUUGUUACCCUGUGCUCUCUGAUUGCUUUGCACUAAUUACUCCAGUGCGUGCCUGAACUAAAGUUGAAGGAUGUUAAUGUACAAUAAACUGAUUACUUAAA